AUGGCGCCGCAGGGAACCACGCCGGCGACGCCGGCUCCCGCCAAGUCGGCGGCGAAGCGUGAAGAAGAAGCCGCCAAGGUGAAGGAGUGGUUCAAAAACGCCGGUCCCGUCACGCAGAGUGAAAUGCGGAAUGCCGACGGACUGCUGCUCUACGCUCACCAUUGGGUCGUCUCCGACGCCAAGGCGAAAGUCGUCCUGUGCCACGGCUACGCAAUGCACUCGCGGUUCGACUACCUCCGCCACGACCCGGAGAAACUCAACGAGCCUCCUGUGUACGAAAACUCGUGGGUGCAUAAGCUCAACAAGGCGCACUGCAGCGUCCAUUGCCUAGAUCAGCAAUCUUUCGGAGAAUCCGAAGGGCACAAAGGCAAGAGAAGCCACGUCCUCGAUGUCGAGGACCUGCCCCGCGACACGCUGCAGUUCCUCUACGAGCAAGUCCUCCCAAGCCAGGACCCCACCCUCCCUAUCUUCAUCUGCGGCGUCUCUCUCGGCGGAUGCAUCACCGCUCGCGUCGUCCAGCUUCUCGGCGGAGGCGGCGCCAAGCUCUCCGACGUGCAGGCUCAGGAAGGGGACGCCCCUGCGAAGAAGCCUCUGCCACUCAAGGGAGCAAUUUGCAUGGCUCCGCUCUUCAGAAUGGACAGGCUGAAGAAGAAACACAAAUUCCUCUUGCCCGUGGCCCGGCUCUUGGCGGCCAUGGCGCCCGCUCUCGAAGUCGGAAAGCCCGCCAGAAACGAGAUGUACCCCUUCUUUCAUGACCUGAUUGAGACGGAUCCUCUCUGCUACACGGGCAAGUCCAGGGCGCGGCUUUCCAACGAACUUCUUCGCGUCGUCGACUUAGUUCAAGACCAGGCGUCGUUCCUCAGCUUCCCCGACCCAGUGGUGAAAACGAAGGACUCGCCGCUUCCGUAUCCGAUCUACGUGCCUGAAACGCCUUCUCUGCUGAUUGUGCACUCAAAGAACGAUACUUUUGUGGAUCCUGAGGGCUCGGUGAUUGUCGCUGCCACCCUCGACGCGAAAAUGCACGGAAGCCCCGAGACACUCGAGAAAUACCAGCCCGAGUACGACAGCGUGGUCAACUUGCGAAAAGUCUUCAAGCACCCUGACGCGAACUUGUGGCUUCUCGACAACAUGUGGCACUGCCUCUCCAAGGAAGUGCCGGAAGGAGACCUCCUGAUGGACCGGAUCAUCCAGGACUGGCUCGCACCCCGCAUCGCCUCCGCCGAGCAUGACGCCAAGGACAAGAAGGAGGCGAAGGCCGAGAAAGUGGGCGAAGAGAAGAAAAAGAGGGACAAGAAGAAGAAGGAAGAAAAGGGAGAAGAGAAGGACGAGCCGCACCACAAGAAAGACAAGAAAAGGGACAAGGAAGAGGAGGAAACCGCGCCUCACGGCAGUGAGGCCACCCCAGCCGCUGAAGCUGCGCCUGCCGCGUCCGCGAGUGAGGCGGCAGUGCUAGAGGCGCAUGAGGAAGGUGCUCCGGCUGCGCUCCAUACUGAGUCGUCAGCAGCUGUAGAGAACGGCGAGUCGGAACCCGCAGCGGCGCCCGCUGAGCCGGAAAAGCCUGCAGAGCCCCAGGCUGCUGCAGUGGGGGGAACUGGCGACCCCGCUCCCGAGUCGAAGGCAGCCACUGCUGAGCCUCAGGAGGUGACGCCAGAGGCCGAGCAGCCUAAGAGUUCCGACGUCGUGGAGCCAGCGCCUGAACCUGAGAAGUCGAAGAGCCCCGAGCCUGUGGAGUCGGCCCCUGAGCCAGAGCAAGCAGUGUCGGAGCCUGAGAAGCCCCAAAGUCCGGAGCCUGAGGCCGCGUCUGACGAACCUCAGCGCCAAGAGACGGGCUCGGAUGUCGGUGACUUGUAG